AUACGCCGGCCUGAAUGUCAGAGACAAAUCGGUCUUCCAAGCGUCGGCUGCAAGUAGCCGGGCUGCGUGCGCCCGACUGCACCCCUGUCAGUGGCAGGAGGUGGACUCGGAGGAGGCAGAAAACCGAGGUGUUUGUAUCAUGAGCGCCCCGCGCGUUGUCCGGGGCCGCUCAGGGACUUAACUGGAGCAGGGAGGGGCCUCUCAGGAGCAGCGGCGGGCGAGUUAAAGUAUGCUGGGAGCCGUGAAGAUGGAAGGGCACGAGCCGUCCGACUGGAGCAGCUACUAUGCCGAGCCCGAGGGCUACUCUUCCGUCAGCAACAUGAACGCCGGCCUGGGGAUGAACGGCAUGAACACUUACAUGAGCAUGUCGGCGGCCGCCAUGGGCAGCGGCUCGGGCAACAUGAGCGCAGGCUCUAUGAACAUGUCGUCGUACGUGGGCGCGGGCAUGAGCCCGUCCCUGGCCGGCAUGUCCCCGGGCGCGGGCGCCAUGGCGGGCAUGGGCGGCUCGGCCGGGGCAGCUGGAGUGGCGGGCAUGGGACCGCACUUGAGUCCGAGCCUUAGUCCCCUCGGGGGACAGGCGGCCGGGGCUAUGGGUGGUCUAGCCCCGUAUGCCAAUAUGAACUCCAUGAGUCCCAUGUACGGACAGGCGGGUCUGAGCCGCGCGCGCGACCCCAAGACAUACCGGCGCAGUUACACGCACGCCAAGCCGCCCUAUUCGUACAUCUCGCUCAUCACCAUGGCCAUCCAACAGAGCCCCAACAAGAUGCUGACGCUGAGCGAGAUCUACCAGUGGAUCAUGGACCUCUUCCCCUUCUACCGGCAGAACCAGCAGCGCUGGCAGAACUCCAUCCGCCACUCGCUCUCCUUCAAUGAUUGUUUUCUCAAGGUGCCCCGCUCCCCAGACAAGCCCGGCAAGGGCUCUUUUUGGACCCUGCACCCGGACUCGGGCAACAUGUUCGAGAAUGGCUGCUACCUACGCCGCCAGAAGCGCUUCAAGUGCGAGAAGCAGCUGGCACUAAAGGAAGCCACCGGUGCCGGGGGCGGCGGCAAGAAGGCGGCUGCUGGGAACCAGGCUUCGCAGGCUCAGAUCGGGGAGGCCGCUGGGCCGGCCUCCGAGACUCCGGGGGGCACUGAGUCGCCUCAUUCGAGCGCCUCCCCGUGCCAGGAGCAUAAGCGCGGGGGUCUAGGGGAGCUGAAAGGGACGCCUUCCGCGGCGCUGAGCCCCCCAGAACCGGCACCCUCACCAGGGCAGCAACAGCAGGCCGCAGCCCACCUGCUGGGCCCACCCCAUCACCCUGGCCUGCCUCCUGAGGCCCACCUCAAACCUGAGCACCACUACGCCUUCAAUCAUCCCUUCUCCAUCAACAACCUCAUGUCUUCGGAGCAGCAACACCACCACAGCCACCACCACCACCAGCCCCACAAAAUGGACCUCAAGACCUACGAACAGGUGAUGCACUACCCUGGCUACGGUUCCCCCAUGCCCGGCAGCUUGGCCAUGGGCCCGGUCACGAACAAAGCGGGCCUGGACGCCUCGCCCCUGGCCGCAGACACCUCCUACUACCAGGGAGUGUACUCCCGACCCAUUAUGAACUCCUCUUAAGAAGACAGCUUCAGGCCCGGUUAAUUCUGGCAGCCGGCAGCCGGGACAAGGACAAGAGAGAGGAAGGAGGGGUUGAGACUUUGGGGAGGGUGUGUUGGAAAGGUGCAAGGAAGAAGAAAUUACACCUCCACCCCAAGACAACUGUCUGCUGUUCUCCUCUGCAGCCUUUCCUUCCCAAACAGAUGGGCCACACUGAUGCCUAUCAAUAAAGAGGGAAAGGGGGGAAAUAUGAACUUCUUAAAAAAAACCUCCGGUUUCCACUACUGUGUAGACUCCUGCUUCUUUAAGCACCUGCAGAUUCUGAUUUUUGUUGUUGUUGUUGUUCUCCAUUGUUGUUGCAGGGAAGUCUUACUUAAAAAAAAAGAAAAAAAAGGAAAGAAAAAAAGAAAAACUUUUGUGAGUGACUCGGUGUAAAACCAUGUAGUUUUAACAGAGAACCAGAGUUGUACAAUUGUUUAAGAAGGAGAAAAAAUAAUGUAAGGGCCUAUGUAAAUGGCCAAGUAAAAAGGAAAAAAAAAACAAAAACAAUGCAUUCCCAUUUUUGACACGGUGAAAUCCAAGUCUUGGGUCUGAUUAAUUUAUGGUUUCUGCGUGCUUUAUUUAUGGCUUAUAAAUGUGUAUUCUGGCUACAAGGGCCAGAGUUCCACAAAUCUAUAUUAAAGUGUUAUUGCUGGUUUUA